UUUUAUCUACAAUUCGACAACAUUACAAGCAGAUUUUCCGUACAGAAAUUGAAAAUCAUCUCAAUUAGUUGAAUUUUUUCGAAUAUUUCACUAUCGAACAGUGUUUUAAUAUUGUUUUUCAAGGUAUUUCGUGUAUAAAUAUAUAAUUCGUGUGAUAAUGGCGCUCGUAGAACUAUGUGGUCUGGGAUCCCAGGUGAAUAUAGCUCCUUGCACUCAAGACCAAGAACUAUCUGAGCAGUUUCAGACCCAGCUAAACUUUUCGAAAAACCCUCUCGAAUUAUGUUUACCUCCUGGAGACCCAAUCGAGUUGAUGAAACGAUUCGCAGUAUCGGACACCGGCAGACCGAUAAAGUUCGAUUUCCAACACGGUACCACGACGUUAGGUUUUAUAUAUCAAGGCGGUGUUAUAUUAUCCGUAGAUUCCAGAGCUACAGGAGGCCAAUACAUCGGAUCGCAGAAUAUGAAGAAAAUCGUCGAAAUCAACGAUUACAUGUUGGGUACAUUGGCCGGUGGUGCUGCCGAUUGCGUUUACUGGGAUAGAGUACUAUCUAAACAGUGUCGUAUUUACGAGCUCAGAAACAGAGAACGUAUAUCUGUCGCAGCUGCCUCUAAAUUAAUGGCUAAUAUGAUCUAUAGCUACAAAGGUAUGGGUCUUUCGAUGGGUAUGAUGUUGGCAGGAUACGAUAAAAGAGGACCUAGUUUAUAUUACAUCGAUAGCGAAGGUAGUCGAACCCAAGGAAAAGUAUUCUCUGUAGGUUCGGGUUCAGUUUACGCAUACGGUGUGUUGGAUAGCGGCUACAGAUACGAUUUAACCGAUGAAGAAGCCUACGAUCUGGGUCGAACAUCCAUUAUGCAUGCUACUCAUCGCGAUGCUUACAGCGGUGGUGUUAUUAGAGUUUAUCACGUUACACCCCAAGGAUGGAAACACAUUUCGAACGAAGACUGUUCCACUCUGUUUUACGCUCGUCAAAAUGAAUAAACAAACGUUGCAAACAUAUUUUAUAUAUUUCUCGCUAAUUUUAUACUGUCUUUGAAUUGAUUUUUUUUUUGUAAGGUGGAGAAAUGAUUAAAAAGUAAUUCUCGUUA